CCGGAAGGCGCGGGGCGGGUCGCGGUUCUGGUUCCGGGCGAUGGCGGCGGAGCGGCCGCUGGCAGCGGGCCCGAGCUGCGCCGCCGGCCCGCAGUGAGCAGCGGAGCGGGGCGAUGAGCGGCCGGCGCUGAGCCAGCGGAGAUGGACGCGGAGGCCACCAUCCCCAUCUGGCAGAACAAGCCCCAUGGCUCGGCUCGCAGCGUGGUCAGGAUGAUCGGCUCCAACCUCCCCCUGAAGCCCUGUCCCAGGGCCACCUUCGAGGUCCUGCCCAGCGUCUCAGAUCUGUACUUGGGUGACGUGCCCCCCGUGCCCACCCUGGCUGACAUCGUGUGGAUCGCAGCGGACGAUGAGGAGACCUACGCCAGGGUCAGGAGUGACACUCGCCCGCUGAAGCACAAGUGGAAGCCGAGUCCCUUCACGGUGAUCCAGAGAAACGCCUCGGUGCCCAACCUGAGGAAGCAGGAGGAGAAGCUGCUGGCCCUGAAGAAACCUGGUUUGCCAGCCCUGAGCAGGACCACGGAGCUGCAGGAUGAGCUGAGCCACCUGCGGAGCCAGAUCGCCAGGAUCGUGGCUGCGGAGUCAGCCUCGGCCCAGCUGACCCCAGAUCUGUUAUCCCCAGGGAGCUCGAACGCCUCUUCUCCUGUGCACUGCUUUGGUCCCUCCUUCCAGUCCACCACGUCCUUCGUGAUCAGCGACAUCACGGAGGAGGAGGCGGAGCUGGAGAGCCCCGAGGAGCCGCCCUCGGUGGCCGAGCUGCCCCCGCUCUGCUCCGCCCCCGAGGGCCGGCCCGAGCCCCGGGACCCCGAGCAGGAGGACUCCGUGUCCCUUUCCAAGGCCAGCAGCUUCGCUGACAUGAUGGGAAUUCUCAAAGACAUCCAUAGGAUGAAGCAGAGCAAAGAUUUGAGCCGCCCUUCCCUGAAGGAGGAGGACCCGGCCGUGCUGAUCGCCGAGGUGCUCAGGAGGAAGUUUGCCCUGAAGGACGAGGACCUGGCCCUGAAGGAGAAGUGACGCUGCUGCUCUUGGCUCUGCCAGCAGAGCUGCUGCUCCCAAAAGCUCCUCGCAAGGACUGAGCCUCUUUAUUGAUCACACGUGCUUUGUGCAGCGGCCGCUCCGAUAGGAAAUGGGAUUUGGUGUGUUCUCCGUGCGUUGUCCUAUUUAAGAAAAACCUUUCUGAGAAGAUGGAAGCUCUUUUCCAGCUGUGUUUUGGUGUUGGUGCCUGUGAGGAUCUCCUGGAGUGCUGCUGGAUGAGGCCCUUUGCACCUGCCCUUUCCCUUAGGUUCCAGCUGAGCUGCAAGGACAGACCCGGCUCCCGUUCCCAGGAGGACCAGGACAGACCCCAGCCCUUCACCCGAGCGUGGCGCGGAGCUGCUGAGCUCCCGAGUGCCUCCAGGGCUCUGCUGGACCACGGUGGGAAAGGGAUUUUACUGCCCUGGCUCGGGGCUGAGGGGUUUCUGUGCCCUGGGUGUUCCUUCUCUCCCCCAUCAGCCACAGUUGCAUGACAGAAUGGCCUUAUCUGAAUGUCCCCUCGGCAGCCCCUGGCCCCAGCCUGUGGUUCAUUGUUUCAUUGUUUUAUUGUUUUAUUAUUCCACCUCGAGCACCCCCAGCACCCAGGGCAGGAGCUUGGCCUUGGCUGUGGCUGCACUUGCCUCACCCAGAGCUCUCCCCAGCCCCACGCCCCCUGCGGUGCCCCCAUGGCUGGAUUGAAAAUAGGAUUUUUUUCCUUUCUAUAAAACGGAGCCUUAAUAAGA